AUGGCAAAGAAGAGAACAUCCAAAGCUUCUAGUUCAGUGGCAAAGAAGUCCAAGAAUGCUCCUGAAGCACCUGUCGAGGUUCUGAAAAAUGUGGAGUUCCUAAAGCACUACGCUCUUAAAGCGAUGGCUCAGGAUAUUAGGGACGAGAACAAGUUCAAUAAUCUUGUGCCUUUGCUAGAUCAAUUUGAACUAGCUAAGAAAGUGCUCUCAGAAGGACCGAGCUCUGAAGCGCUUGAGGUCUGUAAUUAUCUUAUAGAGUCCCUCUCUGUGGUCUUUGAGUGGUUCUUAUUGCAUGGUACGAUGAAAAAGACCAAGGAUGAGAAAAAGAACCUUAUCGCUGCUUGGCUCGCAGAGAAGUUUGAUAAGUUUCGAGAAAAGCUUCUUUGGCUCAUUAAUAGUAGGCUUCCUGGAAAUGCCGUGGAGACCCAAAGAAGAGCCAUGGAAACUUACCUCGAGAUUGUCAAACAAUACACCGAAUACAACAAUGAGUUCCCCUUGGAUAUAUAUCAGGACUUUGUUCACGCGUUACUUACCAGCUCUGUUGGUGUCGGCAACAGAAACGACUUGGUUUACAACUUCUACACAAUGUUCAUUGAACACGAGGACUUGCAAGUGAACUUCUUCCGCGAGUCUUUGGCAAAGAAACUCGGUGAUUGGAAAAGCCUAGAGGGCCCGACGAAAGACAGGAUUUUUGAAAACUUCUACAGUAUCAUCCAGAAUGGUGUCAUGUUCGAAGAUGAAGAGAGGUUUGGUCACAACUUCACUACAGCACCACAGAUGGACAAGAGUUAUAUGAGAACUUUCAAACAAGAUUUUCAAAGUUGCAUUCUUGCCUGGGUUAGAAUGCCAGACUUAUCAGCAGAGCAGUACAAAAAGCUUCUCAAUUGCUUGCAUUACGGCAUUCUCCCAUACAUGAGCUCGCCCACAUCAUUGAUGGACUUCCUCACUGAUUCUCUCGAUCAAGAAGAAGAUGAAAUUGUGCCGCUUCUUGUCAUUAACUCUCUCUGGGAGCUUAUGAAGCGCGAGAAUUUGGAGUAUCCCGAGUUCUUCACCAAAUUAUACUCCUUGCUUACUCCAAGUCUUCUAUACACAAGAUACAGGGCCAGGUUUUUCAGACUGCUUGAUCUAUUUCUCAGUUCCACGCAUUUGAGUGCCAAUUUAGUUGCAUCUUUCAUAAAGAGAAUUGCCCGCCUAGCAAUGUCGUCGUCUGCUCCGGGUGUGGUCAUUGUCUUUCCAUUUAUCUACAAUCUUUUAAAAAGACAUCCAUCGUGCAUGAUCAUGUUGCAGAAUCCAGAUGGCAAAAACAGUCUGGACUACAAAGAUCCCUUCAAAAAUGAUGAGCCCAACCCACAAAAGACUGGUGCUAUUGGGUCUUCGCUUUGGGAGCUUGAGACUCUUCAGAGCCAUUAUCAUCCCAACAUCGCAACCCUAGCCAAGAUCUUCAGUGAACCAUUCAGGAAGCCUAACUAUAAUAUGGAGGAUUUCUUGGACUGGACAUACAAGUCUUUGCUUGACAGUGAGGAAAAGAGAAAAUAUAAAGGCUUGGCCGCUCUUGAGUACGAGGACUGGGAAUCGUUGUUUGGUAAAGAGAAUGCAUUCAUGGAGGGUUGGGAACUCAAUUGA